CCGCCAGCCGUUCCUACCCACCCUCCUCCCCGCCCCCGGUCCGCCCCCCACCUCAAUUCCACACCCCCCGGCGAGGCCGCGGGGCGCCCGCGCCCAAACACCAAAACCCUAGCUCCCCACCCACCCACCAACCUCCAAGCACCGGAGGCCGCCGCGCGCUCGCCCACGGUCGCCACGGAUGCGCGCGGCCCGCUCGCGGACCUCGACGACGCCCCGCUCGCGCGCCGCUGCUGUUCCGCCAUGGAUGAGCCCGAGAAAGUGAGGGGCAGGGAGGAUGCGGCGUCGGGCCACGAGGCUGGCGGCGCCGAGGAGGCCGGGGAUGGGUUCCAGCUCGUGAUCCAUGGCAAGAAGAAGAAGAGGGCGGCCAGCGGCCAGGACUGCGGGACUGCUGGCUCUGGCUUUGGCGCCGGGCCAGUGCGGGCGUUGACCAGGGAGAAGGGAGCCGCGCCGGUGCCGGGGGCCAAGGUGCCUUUCCACGAUCCAAGCAUUCCCCGGCCGCAGGACGUGUACAAAAUCAGAGUGGAUAACUACAAGCCAUUCGAGCAUGUCUGGCUGGAGCGCAGCGAAGACGGCACCCGACAUGUUCACCCGCUGGAAAACCUACCUGUUGAACAGUUCGUUGACAGAAAUGUUCCUGACAGAGAACCAGUGAAGCCAGCUGAUUUAGAGGAUACACCAUUUACGCUGGUUCAAGAUCACAAAGGCUUAACAGAAUUAGCUAAGAAGUUGAAGAGCGUAACUGAAUUUGCUGUAGAUCUGGAGCAUAAUCAAUAUAGGUCAUUUCAGGGCUUCACCUGCUUGAUGCAGAUUUCAACAAGAACAGAAGACUUUAUUGUGGACACUCUUAAGCUACGCCUAUACAUUGGUCUCUAUUUGCAAGAGCCUUUCAAAGAUCCAACAAAGAGAAAGGUAAUGCAUGGUGCGGAUCGUGAUAUAAUGUGGCUCCAGCGGGACUUCCACAUCUAUGUGUGCAAUCUUUUUGACACAGGACAAGUAUGUGUAAAUUAG